AUGGACCAAAGUGUUCUUGAUGAUAUAAUCAAUCGGCUUCUUGAAGUUAGAGGGCGACCGGGGAAACAGGUGCAGCUAUCGGAGUCUGAGGUCAAGCAGUUGUGUGUAGUUUCCAGAGAGAUUUUCUUGCAGCAGCCUAAUCUGUUGGAGCUCGAAGCACCCAUCAAGAUUUGUGUGGUUGGAGCUGUAGAAGUUAUAACUGGUGUUACUGCUUGA